CACAUCCUCCCUGAGCCGGUUUUGUUCAUGGAGUCGUGAACGCCCAUGCUGGGAUCACCUUCUUCGUACUUGGUCGACGGCGCGCGCCAAACUCCAGUAUCUCACAACGUUACGGGAUUGGACGGAUAUCAUUACUCUCAUGCCAGUCGCGCGGUGCCGAGCCAUUCGUGCAUGUGCAACCUAUGGAGCGCGGCGCGGCAGCAGCCGGCCACGGACGAGGACUCCGGCGAGUGCGUCCCUGACCGGCGCAGCAGCCUCGCGGAGCGUGUCAUCAGUCCAAAGUCCAGAGCAGCGCGUGAGGUCCCGACUGCUGUCCCCACCCCGACCGCGACGCCGAAUCCACGGCCACUUCUUCUGAUUUUGGAUCGAUCGAAUCAGCCCCACCGGACCAGUGAAUCUGCAUCUACGCAGCGUCUGGACGCGCCGGGGCCUGCGUGGACAGCGGGAUCGCGCGCCAUGCGUUGGUUGGACAGCAGGAGCGCCCGAUUCCCCGAUCCGAUGGGCGCUAUCAGUACCGGGGUGCUUUUGGGACCAUGGAAACUGGGCGGAGACGACGUGGUCGCCAGCCGCGCGAAGCCAAAGCAGGAGACGGCACUUUACUUGCCUACGGUGGGUAACGUAGCCGCCUCCUGCGCCACCAGUCACCCACCAGGCGCCCCAGCUUCAGCCAUGGGAUUCCCGAGAAUAUCUACCGGCCAGUAA